AUGUCUCGGCACCCAGGAAGAAAGCAGGAGAACCACAAAAUUAGCAGAGAACUUCUUGUACUCACAUAUGGGGCUUUGGUAGCUCAGCUGUGCAAGGACUAUGAAAAAGAUGAAGAUGUCAACACCUGUUUAGAUAGAAUGGGAUAUGGCAUUGGUGUAAGGCUGAUUGAUGACUUUUUAGCUCGUUCAGCUGUGAAGAAGUGCCGCAGUUACUCUGAAACUGCAGAAAGGAUUGCACAGGUUGCUUUCAAGAUGUACCUUGGGGUCACCCCUAGUGUGACCUGCAGUAGUCCUGCAGGAAAUGAAUUCUCCUUAAUCCUGGACAAAAACCCACUAGUGGACUUUGUGGAGGAGCUGCCAGCAGAACGAGCAUCACUUUGCUACUGUAACCUCCUCUGUGGGGUGAUUCGAGGUGCUUUGGAAAUGGUUCACUUAGCAGCUGAAGUUACCUUCCUCCAGGACAGGCUGAAGGGUGAUGCCGUGACAGAAAUAGGAAUUACGUUUUUAAGGAAGGCUGAAGACAGAAAGCACAAAAGAAAUAAAUGA